GCUAGCAAGGCUGUAGGAGCAUUGCAUAGUUCUUUCCCAGUUCUUUCCCAGGUCUUUUGAUUUCUGUUUCCUCUCCAUGCAUUCCUGUCCUGUUUAGAGCUGUGGUUUUUUACAUGUUAUUUGUGGUGUGCAUGGGUCUGAGGAUAUUAGGAAAACGUGCUGAAGGUUCACUCUGAGGCAUGGCUAUUUUUGUUAGAAGCUGAUACUUUAGACUGAGCUUUAAGUGUUGCCUCUGGAAGGCCUUGGGUUGUUCUGGGAGGCCAGGAUUCUGCAGAGAAUUUCAGGGAACAUAAAAGAAGAAGGAACACAAUUAGAAAAAGCAGAGGACCUCCCUCCUUCUCAUUCUGCACCUCCUGUGAGAGUCAGCAACCCAAAAGUACUAUCUAAGCUGUCACAGUAAAUCUUGACCUUUUAAACAGAGUAUCUCUUACCAUCAUCAUGGCUGAGAUAACAGCAGAAGGACAAAUGUCUACAACCACGACGAUAAUAGAUGGUAAGAACGGAUCAGUUCCCUCGUCAUCCAUGAAAGUGGGCAAGAAAUCAGUGACAGAAGACCUUGUGACAACGUUCAGCUCACCAGCAGCAUGGCUUCUUGUUGUCGCUCUCAUUGUUACCUGGUCAGCAGUAGCGAUUGUAAUGUUUGAUUUGGUGGACUACAAAACCUUAGCAGGUAUAGCCACCUAUUCACAACAUUGUGAUGAUCCUUGUUUCCCACCUGGAAGAUCUGUUCACAAGCUCAGCACAGAACCACUGAGAAUCAUUCAUGAGACACUGGAAGAGUCUUCUGAUUGGAUUUAUGGCUUUUUUUCUUUACUGUCUGACAUCGUAUGGAGUGAUGAUGAUGACAGUGAUGAAGGUGAAGUGGAACCUUCUGUGAAAAAAGAAAUUCAAAAACAGAAAACAGAAAGACCUGAAAAACGAACACCAGCAAAAGCAACACACAGAGACAAACCUGAAAAACAAGAAAAAAUUGAGAGGAAGGAACCCUCAAAGGUGACAAGUAAAGACAAACUGGAAAGACAAGAAAAAACUGAAAAAAAGGAAAGGCAUGCAGCUAUUCACAAAGAGAAACCUGAAAAGCCAGAAAAACAAGAAAAGAAAGCACCAUCUAAAGUAACUCAAAAGGAUGUACCUGAAAGACACGAAAAAGCUGAAAAGAAACCUCCUCCAAAAGAGGAGAAGAAAGUAAAGAGCACUAAAGUGGAAGCAAAAAUUAAAAAGGAAGUGAAGGAUGGAAAAGGAGAAGCAAAGACGGCAGAGAAGGUCAAGCAGGCAGAGACAAAAACAACAGAAACUGGGCUAAUAAAGGCCAAAACGAAAGUUAAGGAGGAGAAAGCUCUUCAGACUGUAACUAAAUCGGACAAGAAAGAUCAAUAUGCAUUCUGUCGCUAUGUGAUUGACAUGUUUGCGCAAGGGGAUUUUUAUCCAGGUGCAGGACAUAAGGAAUUCAUACCACCUCGACUUCUUCUAGAACACAGUCCAAGAAAGAAACCAGCAUCUAUUGAAGAAGAAAAGUCUACUGUGGUACCUAGAGAAGUGAAAAAGAGAAAAGAGGAGAAGAAAAAGAGUGAUGAAAAGAAGACUACCACUGAAACUAAGAGGAAAGAAAAAACAGGAAAAAAGGAGAAAGCUCAUGAGAAGACGGCUGUCCCUGAAAUUAAAAAAGCAGAUAAAAAAGAAGCUGCUGUGUCCAAAGAACUCAAAAAGCCAGCAAAAGCUCCUGCAGCCAACCCAGCCAUCAAAAAAGCAGCAGCACCAGAACCACAUAAGAAAGAAAAAAUAAUGGAAUCUGGCAAAACAACAAAGAAAGAAGCAAAAGUACAUGCAUCUCUGGCAACUCCAAAGUCAAAAUCGGGACUUGAAACAAAAGAAGGAAAAGCAACAAAGGCAGCAGUGCAAGAUAAACCAAAGAUGAAACAAGGAAAUCCUGGAAAAGAGAAAGAAUUGAAACCUCCAGCUGCCACAAAAGAUAAAGAACAUGCUAAAGAAAAGGAGGGAAAGAAUCCUACAUCUUUAAAAGAAAAAGAUGCCCUGAAAGGAAAAAAUCCCAAGAAUCCAGAGAGCUUAAGAGAAAAAGAGACUGGUAAAAGAAAAGAUGUGAAGUCUCCAGCAACCUUAAAGGAAAAGGACUCUUCAAAACAAAAAGAAAUUAAGGCUUCAGCUAAUCCUAAGGAAAAAGCUGCAGUGAAAAAGGAGGGGGAGAAGAAAGCUACCUCAGAGAACCCUCACAAACACAAGCAUGAACGUGUUAAACGUGAAAGAGCUGUCUCUCAGACCAAGCCAGAGGAGAAAAUGAAACAGCAAAAGACAACUCCCACUGAGAAGUCAGCCCAGGCAAAGCCAACAAAGCAUGAAAUCGUCAGACAUGAAAAAGAUGUUCCCCUUACAAAACCAGUCAAACCGAAAAUCAUUGCAAAGCCAACAGCUGAAAUCCCAACAUCAGCAACAAAAAAACCAAAGACAACCAAGGAAAAAGAAGAAAAAACAACUGAGAAGAAACCGCUGAAAGAAGAAAAAGCUAAAGUAAAAGAAGAUCCACGACAUCAAAACCUGACAUCAGCUCCUGUCCGCUACUUUCAAUGUGUCUUCCUAAAUGGACCUAAUGGAUUUGGGCUGCAAUUUCCUAUUAAUCCCCCUUCAAACAAGGAAGAAAAGACUCACUCAAAGACUUCCAAGAGAAAGACAAGGAAACCGGGGCAGUAGAGAGACUGAGUCCUAUGAUCACUGACAUUUUGCACUUUAUCUUUUCUGCUGAGGUCCACAUAGCUACAGUGGUACCUGUCGUUGCAAGAACGUGAUCCAGUUGCACACAUGUACCUGGAAAAAGUUUCCAUGGGGCAGCGGCAGAACAAGCAGUAAUAAACUGUGUUUAACAAAGAUAGAAAUGUGAAAGUGCCCAGUUUCUCAUGGAAAGGCUGCAAUGCUAACAAAGCAUUGAUGUGACUGUGUGUGUGAGCAUGUGAGUGUGUUUUCAUGCCUCUUUUGCUCUUGUUUUUCUUUACCUACAUGCUCAGCAUUGAAGUGAGUCUGUUUUCCAUUUAAUUUUAUCUAAGGAGUGAAAGGUUGAAUGUAGCUCUUAUAUCAGCAAGAUUGCAAGACUAGCUGCAAUCCUAAACCAUUUCUUCUUAAGGUUCAAUCAAAUUGCUGACAGGAAAAUGCCUCACUUAGUCAUGAAAAUGUGCUCUGUGACUGGUGCUAUUUUUAUGUCUCAUUGACCAGCAUAGCCUGAAGCUCACACUUACUCGGAGCAGCUCAAUACACUAUCAAUAAGUUGACUCCACAAGUCAUAUUAAUGAUGAAUAUUUCUAUUUAAUCUGAAACUGUAAAAUCAUAGACUAUUUGCCCUGCCUGUUGGUGAAAUUCUAUUCCUAAAGCCCAAAGUGAGAAGAGAAAGUGAAAUCACAUGGCAAAGGUUAGGAAAAUCACAGUUUUACUGACAUGAAGGUCUGAAGAAACAAAUGAAAUAAUUAUAGUGCUUCCACUUUUCUUCUGUGGCUAAAUCAGAUUGUUUUGCAGCAAAAACCAUGUAAAUGGACAAUAUACUGGCCAAUCAUUUGCUAUUACCUUAAGCUAGAUGAAAAGCUAGAAUGUGAGAUGCCAUUCCCAAAACUAAAGCAACCCAAAUUUCUAGUAAUUAUGUGAAAUUUAUGCUAUCUCAGAUCAGUGAAUAGCAACAAAAGCCAAACGAAACCCAAACAAUCAGAAAAAACCCUGAAACAUAAAUACGUGAAAUAAUCUAGGUAUCUCAUUUUACUAGAUAAAUGCCUUACAGUAGAACCAAAAGUAGAUGUGCUUGUCCUCAACAUUCUCUUGUGCAUUUAUGUAGAAAUAAAGGAUUUGUUGCCCUAAAAAAGAGACAAGAUGGCAUUUGAUCCAUUUAAAGGCACAUGAGUGAAAUUUGGCAUCUCAUCGGUCUAUGUCUGGCAAUGUAAAUAACAGAUUUUUGCAAGCUGCUAUUUGUUUGCAUCUCCUUACUAUAUUUUUGCAUUUAAUCUGGGAAAUAUGCAGCAGCGACCUUAGUUAUGUAGUUGCCUGCUAAUGCAACAUGAUCCUCUUUGUGCAAACCCACUACUUGCAGAGUCUGAACACACCAAAAACUAUAUAUCACUCUUUUAUUUUUAGUAUAGACCAAGAUAGGUUGGCCUCCUCCCUCUUACACUUGCCCUACCCAUCCAUCUUACUUUAAUCAAAUAAUUGACUCAUGUGAGUUUUGGACAACCGAUUCUUUGACAUAUUAGUGCAAUUCAGAAAGUUUUGCUGUUACACUGCUGGGUCCAGUUGGUAUUCUCUGAUUACUGGUCAUGGCCUUACAUGAACUGGAUCCUUGGUCUUAAUGUGCUCUGAUAUUGCACAGGUCAUGUGCUGUGAAAACUGUCAUUGCAACAAGCAGCUUAGGCAGUGGUGACCAGAAAGAGAACAGAUCCUGCUCUAGAAUUAGCUAUUCCCAUGUAGAUUCACACUAUAGAUAGGAGUGUUUAUGGUGAAUGUCCCCCCAGACCCCUGUGAAAUCUGCUCUGGAGAUAGCACUGCCAACAGACAAUUUUUGAGGAUAGAAUGAUGAUCUUCAAUUUUCUUUUGGUGUCUCUUUUUAUAUUUCCAGCAACUUUUUCCUUCCCAAUUUGUGAUUUUGUAUAUAUUAUGAUGGAUGUUAUUGCCCAAGGUUUUUACUGUGAAAGCUGUCUUAAAAAUGUGAUUUUAAUUUUCUGCUAAAUCAGUUAAUUCAAGAUUUUAUCUAAUGCAAAUAAGCAAGACAAAUAAUAUAUACUAUAAGUCUUUAUUUUUUUUCAUCUUCUUUUGGAAAACCAAUUUUUUCAUUGUAGCUAGCCUUAUUCCUUUCUUCCUGUCUGAGAUGGGAGAUGACAAGAAUUUGUUCUGGAUCUCAUUUCCAUAAUGUUUCAAUUAGAUAUGUUUCAAUGUUACAUAUCUGAAAGCUUUGGAAAUAUAAACAAUUAAUAUAAUUGCAUAAAUUAUGUAAAAUCAAUCAUUUAAUUUUGUUUCCUAAUCUUGGUCACUGUCUGGAAAACCAGAAAAAACAGGUCCACUCUCAGAGAGGCAAGUGUUUUUCUCUUUAAAUUCGCCUGGAAACUUUAAAAAAAAAAUCCUGGUUUGCAUGGUUUUAUUCAAAUUAGCCUGAAAUAUUGCAAAAACUUAUGCUGAUUGUUAUACAUUUUGGAAAAUAAAAAAUAUAAACCCUC